AAAUCUUAAGAAGUAAAGAAAGGCUCCGCUCUGUAUUGACUUUGCUUCCUUUGCCAAGAGGCGCCUUGGGCUGCCGACAAGAUCUAUCCGCCCUCAAAUCUAAUUUUUCUUCUUAUCUGUGCCAAGGUAAAGGACCCCUAGCCCUUAGUCCCCAAACACACAUAGACACAUCCUGAUGCGAGCGCCUACCACCCAAAAAAAAGGCACAGACGUGCCUAUAUUAAUGAAAUUAGACCAGAGUGGAAAGCUGCCCUUAGGCUGACUGACACAAUGAGCUCCAGCCCAGAUAUGUGAUAGAAUAUGAGAUGAUGUGGCAUGUGCACACACGCAGUCCUAUCAUUUCUGUCGACGGGUUUGAGCUCUCAUGUCACAGGGUUACGUUAAUGAGUGAUGCUUUCAAGGAAAUGUCGCAUGUAUUUACGGACAGCGUUUUACAUUACCUGUAUUGAAAGGUAAAAGUGGUGGGGUGUCCACCUCACCUCACCCACCCAGUCUGAAGAGUUUAACCCCGGAGCUCAUUACGAAAUGAAAUCACAGCCAUAAAUAUCACACAAUACAUAGGCAGUGAGGUUUUAUGAAUUUAAAAAUGUGUGAUUAAUUAAACUAAACAAUUAGAAUGUAAUAUGAAAAUCUUUUAUGCAGUAUUUCCAGGUAAUGGGCAGUGAAAAGAGCAUGUCUUGUAUUUUUUGGGGGGGCUUUAUUAAGGGAUAAAACACAUCACUCCUUGUAGAUUUACAGAUAUACUUAAACUGGAUCUUGAUCAUGGAUAAUUCAAGCUGCUGGAAUCAAAGUCCUUGACUGAACUCAACUUGUGAUACUUGUUUCUUCAACUGUAUGUGAUUUUACAUCUCAUGCGUUCCCAGCGAGUUGUAGCGCUGCAAGAUAGUUGGACAGUUUCCCUUAUCAAUCUGAACAUUUUCACCUUUUAUAGUGAUUAGCACAGUGAAAAGAGACUGUAUUGGCUGCUGGAGCUUCCUAGGUUUUCCAUUCUUACACGUCCCGGCACGGCUUUGGUUUUACUAGAGAGCUGCUCAAACACUCGUUCUUUAAAGGGGGUUAAUUGUAACAUGAUGUAACAAUGUAAAGCUACAUUUGUUAGCUUUACAUCAUGUUACAAUUUUCUUCCCUCAACAGAAACAUGCGUUCUCUUUGCUUUGACUCUUGUAUGUUUGAGGAAUCUUUGAAUCUCCCUUGGCAAUCAUUCAGGACUGCCUAAACCCUUAGUCUUGCAAUGUGCUGCUUAUUCCCUCAUAUUCCCAUACCUGAAAAUCCUCCCACAGAGAAACCCACACAGGUCCUCUAGACUAGCAGCAGCAACAAUUAGCAAACACCUGGUGAACUUGUGCCUCUGCUGAACUUGUCUUACUUUUUACUCCAAUCAUCCUAGAACGGAAGUAAGUGGCAUCACGGAGGGGCAUCAUAAUGACGACGUGUUGGGGGACGACUCAGAAAGAGUAGGAGCUUCUUAAAGAGACAAAGGCCAAUUUCAAGACAUCAAAUUCCAAAAUCAGAAUUGCUUUAAUGCUGGUCAGCAUGUUGAAUCGUAAAAGUCUCACAAAAUUCUUUGUCCGCAAAUAUAAAUCAUUCUCACCACUUGCACCUCUGAAAGCCACUACAAGUUAUUCCUGAGGUUCACGUAAAGUUGCACAGCCAGAGCUAACAUGGUGGGGUGGAGUAAAGUGUUAUUUGUUUGAGGCCGAGGCUUUCGAAGCGACGACUUCUGCGUGCUGCGAAGCAUCUUUUCCCGUCCUCUCAAAUUAAAGCAGAAUCUCUCCGAGCGCCAGCAGCCGGCGAGCCCCGUCACGAGGAAAGAAAAUCAACUUAAGCUGAGAGUCGCUCUGCCCCAGUUGUAGACAUGUGCGCCGACCCGACUGCGCUCCUCCAGCGUUUCCACCGCGUUACCCAGAAACGCUCCGUUCGCGUGACCCAAUUUGCAGCCUCUCCUCCUCAUUCAUCUGCUACCACAGACUCGCGGCAGGAGACUCUGCGAGCGACGGAGCAUUCAUCACCUCUGAGCGGUGAGGACCUUCGCUUACAUCCUGUCGGCCUGCGCCGCGAGCCGAACCUGCGCGGACGGGAAGGGCGGGAGCUCCAUCAGUGGCUCGGGUGCUGAGAGCAACAGACUGUGAUGGGCUGCCAACCCGCAUCUGAAGCGCUCCAACAAAGAAUAAUAUCCACUUCUGACCUACUGUGAAGAACAAUAUUUGAUUCAAUCAGUGUUGCAAGUCUCCCCCUGGGGGGAUUGCUCCCGAGCAGUAGGUGAUCCUUCGUAAAGAGCAACAGUGGAGACCAUGUGAUACUUGACCUUCACUGAGAGAACUCGGGUGCACUCCGGAGGAUGUCAAAUUUGAUCUGAAGCCGCCCCUCCAGAGGAUCGUUCGGCUCAUAAUUCAAUCGGCUCUUCGAUGUUUUGCCCGGCGUCGCUCAAGCGCCCUGGACCAGCAGUGACGAAGCGCAUCUGUUGACGCCGGAUCUUCAUUUGUUGAGGAGUAUCAGACACGUCGGCAUGGAUUUGACUGAGAUUAUCCGUACCAUAGAGUCGCUGUGAGAAACACGGAGAGGCGACGGAGGGCGAAUCGAACACCGGGAGAUCGAGGGGGGGUCAGCGAGUGCGCUGCUAAACUCAUGGUGGAUCUGCUGUGAGCAGGACAAGGGACUCAGCGGUGGAGGAUGUCAGCAGAGGCCGAAGUCCAGUCGGGUGUCAAAACCAGCCAGCGAAAGGAGUCCAGGAGGAUCAGAGGUCAGGACCGCACGGAGGCGGGGCUUAUUAAGCGUUUCCGUGGAGAUGGCGUGCGCUACAAGGCCAAGCUGAUUGGGAUUGAUGAGGUGACAGCCGCGCGAGGGGACAAGCUGUGCCAGGACUCCAUGAUGAAGCUGAAGGGAAUGGCUUCGUCUGCACGCUCCAAGGGGGAGCACAAGCAGAGGGUCUUCUUGACCGUCUCGUUCGGCGGGAUAAAGAUUUACUGCGAGAGAUCGGGGGUGCUUCUGCAUCACCACUCAGUCCAUGAGAUCAGCUACAUCGCAAAGGACACCAGGGACCACCGGGCCUUUGGGUACGUCUGCGGGAAGGAGGGCCACCACCGGUUUGUGGCCAUCAAGACUGCGCAGUCUGCGGAGCCCCUGAUCCUUGACCUGCGUGACCUCUUUACCCUGAUUUAUGACAUCAAACAGCGGGAGGAGAUGGAGAAGAAGGCUCAGAAGGACAAACACUGUGAGCAGGCCGUCUACCAGACCAUCCUCGAGGACGAAGUGGAUGACCCGGUGUACCAGUACAUAGUGUUUGAGGCUGGACACGAACCCCUCCGUGGCCCCCAGUCAGAGGAGAGCGUUUAUCAGGUCCCAACCAGUCAGCAGAAGGAAGGGAUCUAUGACGUUCCCAAACGCCAUUUCAUGACUAACAUCAACCACUUUGAUCUUUUCGGCGACAUGUCCACCCCUCCCUCGAUGCCCCCGUCACCUGCCAACACGCUGGACCCGAACCGGAGCAGCCGCCAGCAGCAGCAGCAGCAGCACAACCCCGCCGAGCUGUACGCCCCCUUCAGCCCGACCUCCGUGCCGUCAGGUUAUAUGACCAUGGGGCCGGUCCAAGCGGCUCAGUGGGCCCAGCAGCCGUUUCCCGGCCAGGCUCAGACUUUGGCCUUCCCCGUUCAGGGCCCCCUCCAGGUGGCUCAGGUCCUCCCCGGCGGUCAGCCCAUCAUCCUGAGCCAGGCCAACAUUUUCCCCACCACCCAGCAGCAGUGGGCGGCCAUGGCAGCGUACAUGCCGGCCCAGACGGUGGGGGUCGGAGGCCACGCCAUACCAGCUGCCAUGCUCCAAGGCCUGGUCCCCAUUACCACCGUGUGCCCCCAAGCGUGCGACCUGUCGGCGCCUUCCUCGGCCAUCACCAGCCCCCAGCACAUGGCCGACCCCGCCCUGCUCCAGAGGCAGCUCAGCCUGGGGAAGGAAGGACUGGGCGCGGACUUGGACACGGGCGAGGGCCCGUCCACAUCGGGAGCGGGACCCGGCGUGGUGUCCGGAGGGGCGAGCAGGUGCGGAACCCCUUGCCUCAUGAGUGUGCCUGACACGCUGGUCUGCAGUCAGCUGCUGCCUCCUCAGGCAGCGGCCAAUCAGGAGGAAGAAGGUAGCUGUAGCGACCUUGAUCUGUCCAGGAUGACUUUGAGCCCAGGAACGUCCACCUCACCAUCAACCGAAUCACCAUCCACACCCGCCCCUCAGCAGAGCUCGUCGUCAGACUGCCCUCCCUCCCAGGGCAGCGACCCCCUGACAGACCACUCCCCCGUUGACCCGGAGGGACCCCCCAGCAACGCCAGGGAGGAACAAUCAGGUUCGGCGAGCUCGGACUCUCCGCUGCCCAGCGAAGCUGGCGAGCCGACAGAGCAGACGGGUCAGCAGAAAGACAGCUAGAGGGACGCAGGUGGUGGGAAGGCGGGAUAUGGAAGCUUUCCGUCCUGAAACUGGAGCUGCUGGGAAAAACAAGACGGACAAGUGACUGUGAUUACACAGGCCAGCUGUUGUUUUUUUUAAAAUAUAUAUAUACAAAAAUAUAUAUCAUUUAAAGGAUAUUUCUGGCUAUCAGAGGAACUGCUUUAUUUUUUCUCGAGAGGCCACACACUGUAUUGCUCUCCUCAGCAUGUCCAAUCAAAUAACUCUUCAACCAGGAAGUGACCUUUGACAUCGGACUCCUUUAGCGGGAGGAGCGCGCAUCCUUCCGUUUCGAACUGGGAGAGUCUUAAAAAAAAAAACGACGUUGAUGAUGCUAACUAAUUUUUUUUUUUUUUUCCUGACAAACGUCAAAGAGGAGCAGCAUCUCUCCGUGCGUUGGCCGCAGUACGCAGCAAAGUUUCCCGUCGCCUAGCGCCGCCGUUUCACCAGUCUGCAUGAACAGACACGGCUGGUGGGAGCUGGACGAUCUCGGCCGAGGAAGGAAAUCGAAAACUCCGAUUCUUCGUCUUUUAUAAGCUGUGAAUUCCCAGCCGGUGACGCCGGAGUCGACGCAGACGUAGAAAUGACAAAUUGCCAAACGUCUCCUUUGUAAAUAAGAAUCUUUCCCCCGUGCCCUCCUGAAACCCGAGCCUCCGUGCCAUAAGAUAGCACUCUGCCUCUCGGAUGCCAACUACGUGUGUUUGUCUGAAGCAUCGCUCCACCAGCAUCUCCAGUCUCACCAUCUGGAAAUUAAUUUACAUUUUUUUGUUUCUUUCUUGGAGCCAUGUUUUUUUUAAUUAUCAUUAUUAUUUCUAAUUUCUAAAGACGCGUGUGUUUUUUUUAAGGUUUUGGGGAGGGAAGGGAGUGAACUGUGAAUAUGUGUUGCCUGUUCAGGCAGAAUAAAGUCUGAUGAUUCUCCGAUGUGGGCGGAGCUAGAGGUGUUACCUUUUUACCAACAUCUAGUGGCAGAUUUUCUUAGCUUUUUAGAUAUAUGUCAUUUUCAACCAAGGUCGCGUUGUUUACAAUUUGCCUCUGUCUGUCUGGUUUCUUGAAGAAACAAUAGGGGGGGAAAAAACUUAGUAAUGCAUUGGGAUAAAAGACGUUUUCCUAUCACUGGCAAAUUUAUUUUACCUUUAAGUCACAUUAGAACCACAAACUUAUAUGCGUUUUGAGUUUGUUUUUUUGUUUUGUUUUGUUUUUAGUUAGACCAACACAAAGCAGAGCAUAAUUGUUACACAUUUUGUCAGCAAAAUAUAUAAAAAUCAGGUCUUUCGGGGUGUAUUUCCCAGCUUUGAUUUAAUUCAGCUGGUUCUUCUCUGCAAAAUAUCGCAGAUUAAAUCUGAUUGAAUAGCGACUGAAAGUGUCAAAGUUCUGACACUCAAGGAGACGGAGGCUACCGGUAACAAGCUACUAAAACAAGCUAGCUGUGCCUGGCUGUGCCUGGCUGUGCCUGGCUGUGCCUGGCUGUGCCUGGCUGUGCCUGGCUGUGCCUGGCUGUGCCUGGCUGUGCCUGGCUGUGCCUGGCUGUGCCUGGCUUUUUGAAGUUACUUCGGAGUUAGGUUUGUCUCAUUUUAAGAUAUUUGCACUAGAAACUAGACAAAGAAAUCUGCUUUUUUUCUUUUUUUAUUCAAACGUCAGAUGCAUAAAGUUCGCAUCAAACACUUCUGUGAUAAAAACAAACGAAAUAACAAUUCGCUUUACGAUCGUGGACCACCUUGUGUUGGUCUAUCAGUUAUAAUCACUAGGAAAUAAAUCCGAGUUUGUGGUUGGAAUGUGGCAAAAUGGCAAAACUGUGGACGGUUCAGCAAACAGAAAGCUCAACGACACGCGUCUCCUCUGGGUUCGGUUUUCGUUGUCCAGUCGCUGCUCCCGUCACGCCACCGCGUUGUUGUAACCAAGCACUUACCGCACUUCGUCUCCACGUGAACAGUCCGAACCACAGGUCACCGACGCUUCCUGCCAGACGAUACCAGUCAUGAACGGUCGACUGACAAACGAGACAAAGUGUCCCAGAAUAUUUUGUAAAGUUUAUUUAUGGAAUUAAGAACUGCGCUGAGAAAGGGAUUUUUGUACGUCUAUGACUCCUCCCCCCCCCUGUGCCCAUAUGCUGUAUCCAUGACACUGUUCUGUCACAAAUAAAUGACCAUGUGAUUCCCAAGGUUA